AUGGUGCAGGGGCUGAGCCUCCAGAACAGCCCUGCUGUGCCUGGUGCACCCUGGCAUGAAGGUGGCUGGGACAAGGAGGGCAGCAGCGGAGUAAUGCUGGGGCUCCCUGGGGAGAAACAUGGCCACGGCUCUGGGGAUGGCUCUCAGCUGGAUGGAACCACGCAGCUGCUACUGGAGGAGUCAGUGAGAGAAGUGUGGCCCUGGCUGCCAAACCCUGACACCAACAGAGCUGCUGCGGUAAAAAAGAGCAGCACAGCAAGAAAGGUGUCCCUGUCCCUUGAUGUCCCCACACACAUCCUGAGGAUCCUGCUGGACUUGGCCCGGGAGAAGGAGCUGCAAGCCAAGGCAGCUGCCAAUGCUGAGCUGAUGGCACGCAUCGGGCGCAGGAAGUGAGCACAACACACACCAUGG